GGCCCCCCUUUUUGACAUCCUGCGGAAACGAAGCCAGAGUUUCUUCAAAGCAGAUUUUUGCCAUGGAGCGGCUCAAAGAGGAGUCAGAAGCCUCCUCGGAGGCAUUGGAGAUGCUCCGCAGCUUGCUGGUGACCCAUUUGGGGAAACGAUCAAAGAGUGAUCUCCUGAGCAUCAUGGCAGACCCCAGCCUGCCCUUCCGGCUCUACCCUGAGCAUCAGAGGCGAUAUGAGGAUUUCCUCUCCGCCUUCGAGGUGGUCGACCCGGAGCUUGCCAUCGAGUCGGGCCAGGGACACCCGGAGCAUAUCACCACAGAGGGCUUCCUCCCGCGUGCAGCUCUCGCCGCAGUCUUCGCUCGCGCGGCCUACGGAGCGCUGAUGCGGAAGGGCGCAGGGGAUCGCGUGAGCGGCUUCCUGGGUGGGGCGGCAAAGUCCUAUGCCGGCACGUGGGAGGAUGAGGAUCACACUGAGGCCUUUGUGGAGUUGACCGGGGCCAAGCGGGAAGACAUCCUGGUGGCACAUUGGACUGAGAAGCCUUUCGAGCCCGCCUUUGUGAUCUUUUGGGUGCAUCGAAUGAGCUGGCUGGUGCUGGCCGUGCGUGGCUCCUGCGAGUGGUCGGCAGUGCUCACCGACAUGGCCGCCGAAGAGAGCCUCCUGGCGGGCGGCUUGGCGCACAGCGGCAUGGCGCGCGCUGCCAGGUGGAUCUUGAGCUCCGCCGGCGCCGCCAUGGCCGAAGGCCUCGCCCAGCGGCCCAGCUAUCGCCUGGUGUGCACGGGCCACUCGCUGGGGGCUGACGUGGCCCAGCUGGUGGCUAUCAUGCUUCGAGAAGGGGACACCUCUACGACGGACAUUCCCAAGUGCUUGGGUCCACGCAGUGAAAUGGAGGCUUUGGACUCCUUCUUGAACGUCGAACCGGUGGAUCGAGGCUACAUCGUGGGUAGUGCGAAGGCUGCAGCACCUGAGUUCCCACAAGCCAUGUGCCAAGCAUUUGCAUAUGGCUUUGGAGCCUCCCCGAUUGUAUCUCCCGAGCUGGCUGCCCGCUGCUCCAGCUAUGUCCUUUCGGUUGCCUUGGAUGCAGACUACAUCACCCGUGUGUCGGUGUUCGGCAUUGACCGCUUAAUUUUGCAGCUGACGGACACGCAAGUGCACGCGGUGAGUCGAAAGAGGCUUGCUGAAAGGGGAACUUUGUGCCAUCUCUUUGGUGGCUGUCGCCAUGCGGUUGACCUUCAAGUUUUGGACCAAGAAUUCGAGGAGAGGAGCGCUGCGCACAUGGCGAAGCAAUGGAUUCGACAGAAGAUGGGCCGAUCCACAGGAGCCCCCAAUCUGAGCCCAAGAGCUCGAGCCUUUGGCGCUUCCUCACAAGUGGCCGAGGUGCUUUGUACUCCGGGCCGCCUCCUGCACAUGGACUGCCGCGGAGUGGGGCUCACAGCCCAUCCAGUGAAGCUCUUCUGGUCCUUGCCGAGCUUCUACCAUGAGCUCUAUAUCAGCACACACAUGUUCCAUGACCACUUGCCAAUCCGCUAUGUCGAGGGCUUGCUGGAAGCUUUGCGUGGAGCUUUGCCAGGCACGGGGCAAGGUCUUUGUUUGCAGGACCGGGCGCACAAUCCUGAUGCACAGGAGACGGUGCGUAGCAGCCUCGAGGCCCUCAUCUUCAACACCGCGGCUGUUUCGUAAAGAGAAUAAAUUUAUUUGAAACACCAACGUUUCGUUGGCCACUUUUCCCUGCUGAUCGUCCUGGCGGCACUAUGUCGCUACCGGGCAUGUGUCGAACCGGCCAAUGGGCCGAUUCUGGGAGAAUUGGAAAAUCCCAGCAUCCAAAGGAUCCAAAAAGAGGAUGGAUCGAAACAUGUGAAGAGUUCGUGGCUCCCAAUCUGCAAGCUUGGAUCCUUUUAAACUGUACAGAUGCUGAAGAGAACACCCUGAGGAUUACUGGACAUUCUCACUCUGUGAUUUGCAACAGCUGGUUUGUAGAUGGUGCACUUUCUAGACACAUCCGAGAUCCGGAUUGAGAUCCUUUUCGGAGACUAUAGAUAUGUAUAGUUUAUCCAAGAUCUUGUGGGGAGUUCGUUUGUUAGAUUCCUCUUCAGCAGGCUGAAGGCCGCUGAAAAUGACCGAAGGGGUUGGACGCACCCCAGCAUCUAAAAUUAUUUCAGAAUCUAGAGAUGUAGAAUCUACAGUUUACAGUAGUUCAGGCAUGUGAUGACGUGUGUGGCACUCAGUCGAUCAGUCAAUGUAUACAGACUUUAUACAGAUGUAUACAGUAUAUGUAAAGCCUUUGGAUUGGCUUGGUUUUGACCAGCUGCGAUUAUAUACUAGGAUGGAUCAUCACUAACUGCUCAACAAAAGCUCAGCAUUUACCGUGCUGAAACCGGCUUGCUGUUGCCCCUUUGCCUGCAGGAGAUGGCUGAAGCAGAACACA